AUGGCGAAGGAUGGUCUCAAAGUUGACAAAAAUUUUAAAGUGCUUGCAUAUCGAAGAGCUGCAGAAGAGGUCAACAGAAAGUGCUUGACUGAAUACACGAAGGAGCAAGUCAUGAAUCAUGUCAAGUGCUUGAAGGCUAAAUAUUUUGAUAUGUGCACUGUCAUGAACAUGAGUGGGGUUGGUUAUGAUCCAGAAACAAAGAUAGUCACCAUGGAUCCAGAUUGUUUUGAUAGGUGGACACAUGACAAAAAAUGCAAUAGCUCUAGGUUGAAGGAGUAUCUGAACACUCCUCUCAUUCACUAUGAUAACUUGUGUUGCAUCGCGGGAGAUGACCAAGCAAAGGGUGAUCUCACCAAAGAUAUGACUGAAAAGCUAGGCUCUAAACAACAUGUUUUAAUAGCUGACGAGGAGCAUGUCGAUCUUAGUGAUAAUGAGAUUGGCUUUGGUUAUAUGAGGCAAUCCAUGCUUUGUGGGUUUGCUUGUGGGUUUAAUUGCGGGCUUGGUCAUCUGUUGGUUUGCUGCAGCUUUGUUUAUUUGAGCUGCUUGCUUGUGGGUUUGCUUGUAGCCUUGGUCAUUUCUUGGUUUGUUGCAGCCUUGGUUUGUUGCGGCCUUGGUUAUUUGAGCACCGAGCUUUUUUUUAGCUUGUUUUUGAGCUUGUUUUUGAUGUCUUCGUGGCUGCUGUUGGGAGUUGCUGGACGUGGUUGUGCUGGUGACUUUAUUCUCCUGGCUGGUCAUUUGUUGGGAGUUGUUGGACGUGGUUGUGCUGGUGACUUUAUGCUCCUACAUCAUUUGUUGCUUUGCAUUGUGCUUGUGGGUUUGCUUGUGAGCUUGUGCUUUAAACUUGGUUGCAAAUGGAUUUUGUUGCUGGAGGUCACUGGGUUGCUACUUGCUGGACGUGGUUGUGCUGGUGACUUUAUUCUCCUGGCUGGUCAUUUGUUGGGAGUUGUUGGACGUGGUUGUGCUGGUGACUUUAUGCUCCUACAUCAUUUGUUGCUUUGCAUUGUGCUUGUGGGUUUGCUUGCUUGGUCAUCUGUUGGUUUGCUGCAGCUUUGUUUAUUUGAGCUGCUUGCUUGUGGGUUUGCUUGUAGCCUUACCUCAGAUCUGCAGCGGUCAGAGCUGCUGCCUUCCUGCUCUGACCGACUGCAAUUGCAGCAGCUUCCGGGCCGCCCAAUCAUCCCCCCAUCGUCAGAGGGUAUCCCCUCCUUCUCCUUUGUCCAUUCUGACCUCCCAAAAGUGGAGGAGCUCUUUUCCAAUGCAUUGGUCAUGAAAUUCUAUGGGGGUCGACCCUCGCUUGAAACUAGCCAUAAGGAAAUAUUGUCUUGGGGCAUUGAACACCAGUUCACCAUUGGUCCGCUCAAUUCCCGAGCCUUUUUGCUUAGAUUCCAAGAUGAUAAAGACCUGCUGAAAGUCCUCUCUCGUCGGUCUUCUACCCUCAUAACCUUUCCUUACAGAAUCUUCAGGUGGCAUAACCUUUAUCACAUUACGGAAGAUUCAUGUAUGGCUCCCGUUUGGAUUUCCCUCCCGGGACCCCCCCUCCAAUGUUUUGUCCCGGAGUUCCUCGAAGCCGUGGCUAAUGGAAUAGGUCGAUUCCUAUGUCUUGAUAAGGCCACGGCCACCCUCGCUCGCCCAAGUGUGGCAAGAAUGUGUGUGGAAAUUGACCUUAGAAAACCCCCUCCACAAUUCAUAUGGAUAGGCCUUUAUGAAGGUUUUGAACAACCUGUUGUGUAUGAGAGAUUGCCAAAAUACUGCAAUGGAUGCCAUGUGCAGGGCCAUGCUUCUGUAGAAUGCUCCAAGCCACAACAUGUGGAUCACCUUGUUAAACCCUUGAUGCAUUCAUCAAAAUUUGGUAUCGAUUCUCUUCUUACUAUUGGUAUCACCCCUAAAGCCCCAAAGGCCAAACGAAUCUCCCUAUGCGCUUGGUCCCCCCCUAAGGCCAACACAUUUGCUCUCAAUGUGGAUGGAUCGUGUCGCCAAAACCAAAUGGCCAUUGGGGGUGUGAUCCGGGACCAUGAAGGGAAACUCGUAUGUGCAUUUGCGGGACCCAAAGGUGUUGGUACGAGUUUUCAAGGGGAAAUCCAUGCCUUAGAUGUCGGAGUUGAAUUCAUAGAGGAGUUGCAAUUAAAUUCCUCCAUUGCAUACACUGACUCCAAAAGCCUAGCCAUGAGCAUAGGUAAAGAUUGCCCACUUUGGCAACUCACUCGCCUAUGGCGAGACAUGAACCACCGUCUUAGAGAUAUCCCCGUCAUUCAUUGCGUUCGAGAAGCUAAUGUUGUUGCGGAUGCUCUCUCAAAGCUGGGUCACGAAUUCUCCCACAUACGUUAUUUCUUUACAGAUCAAGAGUUACCAAUUCAGAUCCAAAAACUAUUAUGGCUUGACAAGAUGGGCCACCAAUUCUGCAGGGUUCGGUAAUGUAUACGGGCAGGGUGCCAUUUCCAGGUUGGACAUAUGCCCGAGUGAGGAUGGCGUGCUGCUGGCCGAUUUUCUGCAGCAGCGUACCAGCUGUAUUGCUGCAAUUCUGGGUGCGUGUGGGCUGUUUGCUGCUGGCCUUUUCUGCAGCAGGGGUUCGGUCAUUAUGGCGCAAUUAUGGGCGCAUGGGUGGCUCGAUUCACUGCGUUUCUGGGGGCUUUGGUGGCUGGAAUGAGCUGGGGAUGUGCGGCAGCUGGAGGCGGGCUGUUUCUGGCCGAAAAACUGCAGCAAUGUUGCUGCCCAUGUGCUGCAUUUCUGGGCAUGUAUGCGGGGUGCUCUGCUGCUGGUUUCGUGUCAUGUUAUGUUCAGAGGACGUUUGUGGACUUGGGAGUGUUUUAAGAGGAAUGAAGAGGCGGAUGAAGGCCCCAUGAAAGCAACAAAGCAUUGGCUCAGCUCACAUGGCGGCAUGGAAUUCAGGCUCGAUGACACAAUCAUAUACGCAUCAUUUGUAGAAGGAAGCUACAUUGAGUUGAACACCUUUGUGUGUGUUGUUUUGUUCAGGAUCUCCAUGUGUAUAGCUCAUAGUUAUUUUGUUUUGUUCAGGAAUGUCUUUUGUGAUAAUUUUGUGCGAUGUAACCUUUUGUACAGUGAGGAAUGUCUCACUAGCUCAUGUACUUUGCUCCCAUACAUAUGGGAGUCAUCAUGUAAUUUUCUAGCUAUUAACGAAGUUUUUAUUUUGUUAAAAAAAA